AUGCAAGAAGCAGUACAGCAGUAUACUAACGCAGUCGAGGCUGUUCGGGGUAUAUCUCCCGUUGGUCUAGACAGUGGGCGGGUUCAUGCGGUCCUUCUCGCAAACCGUGCCCAGUGCUUCGUGGCCACGAAGCGCUAUGAAGAUGCUCUGACAGAUUGUUCGGCAAUUAUCGAUGAGAAUCCCCCUCACCUCGGCUAUGCCACUCCUGCGAUUCGGGCUAAAGCUCUUUGUCGGAUGGCCUUGGCGUUCAAAGGGUUAGAGGACCAUGUAAAGGCCUGCGAUGCAGCUCUGAGGGCACAUGAUCAAGGAAGUUCCAUGGAAGGUCUCGCAAAUUUGAUGACAAGCUUGGGCAUCUCACUUCACUCGACACGGAAAGACCGGAAGAUUUCAGAUUUCUUCGAACUGGUCCGAGAAGCUGCAAAGGGGUGUGCAGAAGCGAGGGAGAAAGUAGUGCAUUUGUUGAACACAGAGGUGUUCCGAGUUGAUGAGAGAGCUCCGGACAAUGCAAGCGCAUUGAAGCUGACUUGCGAUUUAUCAAACACAUCGAUGGCAAAACUUUUACUUGAACGUCGUGCUCAGCCGCACCAGCGCAAUGAACGUUCCCGAACUCCUCUCAUGUUUGCAGCCAGGAGUCUGGACAUUGAGACAUGCAAGUUGCUUCUGCGUGAGGGGGCAUCAAUAAACUCGCAAGAUGAAAAUGGCUGGACUGCAUUGCUGACUGCCUUCACCCCGAAGGAUGAGAGUAUGAGCGAAAGAAGGGAGCUUCAGGAGCAAGUUGUUGAUCUGUUGCUGUCGCAACGAGCAGACGUCAAUCAUCAAACUCAUGCUGGAGACACGGCUUUGAUCCUGGCGUGCAUGUCAGCAAGCACGGGCGUGGCCGCUCGUCUCGUGAAGUAUGGUGCUGAGUUUGGACGCUACUUGUACGGCUCAGCAGCUCACCCCAACAAAGAUGAAGCCGACGCUUUCGUUGAAACAGCAAAAUCAUCCCGUGCCUGGCCAACAGAACGGGAGAGCUUGAAGGCGCAUGCUUGGUCUGAGCUUCUGAACAAUGAACUCAGAGUAGUUCACAAUCAAUCUGGCGAAAAGGCGCUCGCCUCUGGCAUCGAUCAAGCGUCGGGAGCUGUUCAGCAACUGCGAGAUGUGCUUGGAGUCCUGCUUCGGCUGUGCAACCUUCCUGGCACGGCACGCGAUGCAGUUCGCUCUGGAAGCAAUCCGCUCUUUGUGUUGCACAAGCAACUUGUUGAGGACAUGAUGCCAGCUGUGAUGAGAAAGUCUUGGAGUGAUGCCGGCGAGAUCAGCGAAGAUGAUGCCAUGACCAUGAUCGCUGUGUGCGGCGAUCGUUUUGCUCCUCUGGUUCGUUCCAAUAAGCGAGGCAAGCUAUGUGCCAACGAAAGCUGUUUUCGAGAGUUUAUAUAUGGGCCAGUCACAUCGUUUUUUUGCAUUUGCGAUCCCUAA